AUGGUUCGUUUUAUUGCAUUAAAAAUUCAAGGCAUCAGAAGUGUUGGUGAUAAACCUCACGUAAUAAACUUCUUGGAUCCUCUGACAUUAAUUCAGGGAGAAAAUGGUACAGGGAAAACUACACUUAUUGAAGCACUUAACUAUGUUACAACGGGAGCUUUACCAUCAGGUAAAAUGCAAGCAUUCAUCCAUAAUAACAGAGUAGCUCAAAAACAAAGAGUUGAUGCUCUUGUUCAACUAGAAUUUGAAAAUGUUUAUGGGCAGAUGUGUACAAUAACAAAACGUAUGAGUUCCAAUAUAAAAGGUGAUAAGUGUACAACAAAAUCUGACGACUUUACGAUGUCAAUCUUAGAUAGAAAUGGGAAAGAAUAUAGUAUUUCAUCAAAAGUGGUUGACUUUAACAGGGAAGUUUUAAAACAUCUUGGAGUUUCAAAAGCAAUUUUGGAAAAUGUUAUUUUCUGCCAUCAAGAAGAAUCUUGUUGGCCGUUGGGUGAACCUAAAGAAUUAAAAACAAGAUUUGAUGAAAUUUUUGAAGUAACAAAAUAUGUUAAAGCAAUGGAGAAUUUUAAGAAAUUGAGUAGGGAAUAUGAAAGUUCCGUAAAGACUAUUGAAAUAGAAUUACCUUAUCUUGAGACUCAAAUGUCUGAGUUUUUAAAAUUUCAAUCCGAAUUUAACAAUUAUAAAAAAAUUAAAAAUGAUCUUGUUAUGGGAAUAGAAAGUGUUGAAAAUGAAAAUAAACGUCUUCAAGAGAAUUUAGUUGAUGUUAGACAAGAACGCAAAGUAAUUGAAGAUAGUGAAAAGGAAUUUAUUGAUCUCAAUGCUAAAAAAGUUAUGUUAAUAAAACAAAUUGAAUCUACUUCAACAGUUGAGGUUUAUGAUGGUGUAAAGGAAAAUCUUUUAAAAGAAAUAGAAGAAUUGUCAAGUUACAGUGAUCAAAAUAGUAUUGAAGAUAUUAGAAGUAAACUUUUGAGUGAUAUUGGAAAUGCUGAGGCUGAAAUAUCUAGGAAUAAAGAAUUACGCGAAGAAAUAGAAGAGUGCAAAAAAGAUUGGGAUGAUAACAUGAAAAAACUUGAAGAUUUAAAAGCAGAAAAAGAUUCUAUUUGGUAUAGGGUUGUAGUAGAAAAUAAUAUUUGUAAAAAAUAUGAAGGAAAUACAUCUGAAUGUCUUCAUUCUUUAAAAUUCCAUUGGAAUGCUGAAUGCGAUCAAUUUAAAAAUUCAAAAGAAAAGAUUUUGAAGGAAUCACAAGAAAACUACAGUAAAAAUCAAUUUAAGUUUAUGGAAGUCAGAAAUUUAUUAGACCAAAUCACUACCACUAUGGCUAGUAAAAAAUUAGAACUAGAAAAUAACAGAAAUGAUCUCGAAUUAUUUAAAAAAUCACAGGAAGAAAUAGUUGAAGUUACUUUUCAAUUAAAUGAAAAAAAGAAAGAAUUAGAUUCUAUUGAUCAAGAAGAAAUUAACAAAAUUGACGAAGCUAAGAGAAAUAAAAGAUCAAUUGAAGAUACCAUUGAAAUUUUAAAUGCACUUAAUAAUACUUUAGAAAUACAAUCUCAAAAAGAAAAUGAAUUUGAUUUAGAAUCAUCUAAAUCUAAUGGAUUUUUUAAUAACAUAUUAGGUCCUCAGUUUAUUUAUGGAAAACUUUAUACAAAUUUGAAAGAAAAAAUUACAAUAUGUGAGGAUCAAAUUAAAAGUAAACAAAAGAUGAGGGAAAAUGUUACUAUUACGUUAAACGAUCUUGGUAAAUAUACUGCUGCACAUGAAGCUAUCAUCAAAAAGUAUGAUGAAGAAUCGAAAGAAUACAAAAACAGACUACAGGAACUUAUUCUUGAUGAUGUGAAUAUAAUUGAACAAAUAACAGUUACAGAAAAUUCUAUUAUUGAAAUACGAAAGAAAAUCGGAUUAAUUGAAGGAUAUAAAAAUGUUUAUGAAAUUUGGUUAGAAGAAUCGAAAGCUUGUAACGCUUGUCCUCUUUGCAAAAGUAAAUUUACAUCCCAUGAUUCGAUAAGUAGUUUUGAAGAGGAGCUUAACAAUAAAAUUAAUCAUUCACCCAACGAACUUGAAAACUUAAAGAAAUUAUUAUAUGAAAAUGAAAAUAUACUAAAAGUAUUGAAAGAGGCUGAUGAAAUUUCAAAAAAAUACAAUAAUCUUCAAAUUUGUGAAAUUCCUAAAGAACAAGAAAUUGUUAAAGAAAGAUAUAAUGAAAGGAUUAAGUACUUAGAGGAAAUGGAAUUAAUUGAAAAUGAUUUGGAUGAACUAAAUACAAGACUGGAUCAUAUGAAGAAAUUUGAAUCUGAAGCAAUUAAAUUAGACAAUCUCUGUAAUAAUUUCAAAGAAUUUGACUUACAGGUAAAAGAUGCUGUUAAAAAAGCAUGUGCUGCAUUUUUCCCCAAUUGUAUUUCUCCUUUGACGUUUGAAGAAGGACACAACAUUUUUAGUGUUAAGGAAAAAUCAUCCCUUUUAACUCGUGAAUUAGAAAAUCUGAAAAACUUUAUUUUACACAUAAAUAACAUGAAUCAAAAAAAGAAUAGUCUAAGUCAGGAAAUACAAAUUUUGACAAAUAGACGUAUGGGAAAUUUAGAAUCAAUUCAAAAAAUUAAUUCAAUGGAGGAAAAGAUCUAUCAUUUAGUAGCUGAAUUGGAAUCAUUAAAUGGCAAGUAUGAAGAGUUAGUUGUUCAAGUACCUGAACUUGAGGAAAAAGUUAACAAUAAUAAAAUAAAAAUUGAAGAAAUUGAGAAAGAGCUCCAUGAAUAUGAAUUUAAGAUGUCUAGAAAACUUGUUAAACUCGAUAGUGAUAUAGAAAACUUAGAAAAUAAGGAAAAUAAUAUUAACAAUUUAGAGGAGAAUUUAAAAUCAUUCCAAUAUGAUGAAUAUACCAAAAAAACUAAUGAAAUUGAAACAAAUAUUAAAUAUUUUGAGGAGUUGAAAUCAAAUUUGAAUAAAGAACUUUUAUUGUUAGAAAGAAGAAAAGAUUUUUUGGUAACAAAACAAUGUCAACUUAAUAGUCUAAAUUUGAAAGAUGAAUUAUCUGAAUUGGAAAAGAAAAUUAUGGUGAAUGAAUAUGACAAGAAAAUUAAAGACGCAAUCAUUGAAAAGGAAAAAAGAAUAAAUAAUGAAAUAGCAAAAACUGCUGUUGAGAUAAGUUGUAUGAAAGGUGAAUUAAAAGAAACUGAAAAACGUCUAACAGAAUUAAAUCGUUCAUUGAAUGAUUCCAAUUAUGUUCAUGUAGAAAAAAAGCUAAAACAAAAAUUGAUUAGAAAAAUUAUUUUGAAAAAAGCAAUUAGGGAUCUUAAUUUAUGUUACAAAGUUCUUGACAAUUCAAUAUUAAAAUUUCAUGAAGAUAAAAUGAAUGAAAUAAAUUUGACUUUAAGUGAAUUAUGGAAAAAAGUAUACACUGGAAAUGAUAUUGAAUGCAUAAAAAUCAAAUCAAAGGAAAAUAGUAGUGCUGGUGAUAAAAGAAAAUCUUAUGAUUAUGCUGUUGUAAUGAUUGUAGACGGAAAUGAAAUUGAAAUGAGAGAUAGAUGUAGUGCUGGACAAAGAAUGUUAGCAUCUAUUCUCAUAAGAAUUGCGUUAUGUGAAGUUUUUUGCCACCAAUGUCCAAUUAUUGCUCUUGAUGAACCUACAACUAACUUAGAUGUUAAUAAAGUUGAAAAUAUUUCUGAAAUGUUGACAGAUUUAGUGACAUUUAGAAUGAAUGGUCUUCCUUCAAAACCAAAAGAUGAUUGUUGUGUUGAGGAAAGAAUAAAUUUAGAAGAAUCAUGGGCUAAUUCAUCUAGAGCAAAGAGAAAUUUUAGCAAUUUCCAACUUAUUGUCAUUACACAUGAUAUGCAACUUACUCAUCUACUUUAUAGAAACUUUAAACCAGAAUAUAUUUAUCAAUUUAGAAAAGAAAGUGACGGAACAUCAAAAAUAACGGCUCAUAAGAGUAUUCAGUAA